GAUGGCUGACUGGGGCUCCAGCUCAGCUGAGACAGGCAUAUUUGCUACCCCAGCUUUUCUUCGGCAAACAAUUGCAGCGAGAGGAGAGGAAAUGCCGUAAAUGCGUGAUUCAGCAUGCAAAACUGAGACAUUGACACUUAAAACCCGGUGAUAUUGACCAGGAGAGCCACUAUUUUAAGCAUGCCAUAUUGUGAAGCUACCAGCAAAGCAUCAGGAGAAAAAGCAAAGAUGAGUCCAACAGCCCAGAUCUCAACCAUUAUAUAUGAAGUACACAAACUUUCGAGUUAGCGCGGCCCACCUGGGCGCAUUUUUAGUUGUCGGAGCUGCAGCUAACUAGAAACCGUGUCUUUUCUCUUUUGCACCCCUGGACCCCCGAUGCAGCAUGGAUCAAGGAUCAAUUGGCACAAGCUACCAAUGUAAACAGCCGAAAGAACGAAACUCUCUUGAGAUGAGAAGCUGCUUGGCCAAAGUGAGGCAUGCUUUACUUACGGAGGGUGACUGGCAACUGGCAGCUAAGUAAUAAUGGUGCCGGGAGCUGCAGAGUGACGGGCGAGGAUGCACAAGUAUCUGCACUCCGUAGCUAUACCCCCUGAGCUGCCGAUACCAACAUUCAGCUACGGAGCACUCCGUACUUCUGUAUCGAACAGGCAAGGCGUGUGAGCUCAGGUCGACGGCGUCCUUUGCCUCUCUUACCUGGCUGGAACGCAAAUAUAACUACUAACUAUAUACCUGCUGUCCUCCGUUAGCUGCUAGCUAUACAUAUUUCUAUCGUCGCCAUCUAUCAAAGGGCCUCUGGCUCCACGAGAAAGAGCAAAAGGACGACGCUGAGGAUGCUGACCAACUUGUCCGUCGUAUGGGCAGCGUUUGCUCUCUCCGGAGCCCUGGCUCUGCCAACAUGGCCAUCCUCUGUUGACGAGCUAGAAGACCUCAUGUUUCUCAACACCGGCUACCACGCCCGAGGAUUUUCAGCCGGCGUCACUCCGUGCUCGUUCUCCCAGCAAGGCCCGUCUCGAGUCGCAUCUGCUGAGUGGGUUCGCACUGCCUUCCAUGACAUGGCCACAGGAAACUCCUUCACUGGCGUGGGCGGCCUGGAUGCCUCGAUCGUGUUUGAGCUGGGCGGAAAAGGGGGAGAGAACAUCGGGGCAGGAUUCAAUACCACGCUGGAGACCUACACUCCCUUCUUCUCAACGCGGUCAUCCAUGGCUGACUUGAUAGCUCUGGGCGUCUACACCGCCGUCAGGUCCUGCGGAGGGCCGGUCGUCCAGAUCAGGGCUGGGAGAAUCGACGCCACCGCACGGGGGUCGAUUGGAGUGCCGCAGCCUGAGAACUCCCAGGGCACCUUUAUCAACCAGUUUACGCGGAUGGGGUUCAAUGUCUCGGACAUGAUCGCCGUCACUGCAUGCGGACACACGAUGGGCGGAGUCCACGCCUCAAACUUCCCCCAGAUCGUUGUCCCCGGGUCUGCGCCAAACGACUUUCAGCUGUUUGAUUCGACCGUUGCCUUCGACGAGAAGGUGGCAGCGGACUUUGUGGGCGGAGUGGCCGGAAACCCGCUUACUAGCACAACGGCGAAGCGAAACCAGCGGGACGCAGAUACGAAGGUCUUCACGGCCGACCGGAAUGUCACAAUCAAGACAUUAGCGGACCGGGCUACCUUUCGAUCUACAUGUGCCAGAGUCCUCCAGAAGAUGAUAGAGGUCGUUCCUUCGGGCGUGAACCUGACGGCCCCCAUAGCGCCCUACGAAGUGAAGCCAGGCAGGCUGCAGCUCUCCCUGGCUGGCAACGGCAGCACUAUCGCCUUCACUGGUGAAAUCCGGGUCAGAACCACCUCCCGGCCGGUCACUUCUAUCUCAAAGGUCGAGCUUGUCUACAAGGACCGUACAGGAGGCUCUAGUUGCGGAUCUUGUGUUAUCAGUACUGAGUACAAGGGCACCGCUGAGGGCUUUGAUGAUUCCUUUGCAUUCUAUGGAUUUGAGGCCCGCUUCCCCGUCGAAACUGCCAUCUCCAAGUUCAACGUACGAGUGGUUUUGAGCACUGGAGAGACUGUUGUUUACAACAACAAUGAGUCCAGUUACCCUGUUCAGGAUACGAUUAUGCUUCAACCCAGGCAGAGCUGCGUUUUGGGAGGAGAGGUGCCCGGGAAUCUCGUUGUAGUAGCCGCUGUCCGGAACAAUGCCAAUACAGGAAGUGUUAAACUCUCUGUUACGACUAAAACGCCGCGAAGUUGCUGUGUGACUCCAGCCUUGACGACUCAGUCGGUUCCAAUGUCACCACAGACGACUGUUGGUCCUUAUACGCUUUAUUCUGGAAACCUUACCCUGGCAGCUGCGUACAGGUCCAAUGCCAAAUUUGAUGUCUCCCUCACGAGCGGCGGAGCAGUGAUAUCAGAUUCGUUUAAAAACACCGCAGACCUGGGCUCAACCUGUGCCCCCUUUGGCUCAAACGACACCACGAUGCCAGACUACACCUUUGAUGGAUGCUACACCGAUACCCCUGAGUCAAGGGCCCUCACGAGUGUUGCGUUUGUGAACCAAAACAUGACGGUUGCGGCAUGCUCUGGCCUUUGCAAAGGCUACCAGUUCUUCGGCCUUGAGUAUGGAACUGAAUGUUACUGCGGAGACUCAAGAAGUAACUCCAGCAUGCAAGCUCCCAAGUCGGAGUGUAACCAGCCUUGCGGCGGUGAGAGCUCUGAGACAUGCGGUGCAGGGUACCGGAUCGCUAUCUAUAAAGACGACAAAUGGGUACCCAUCACCAGCCCUCAGAUACCGGGGUACAACUACACGGGAUGCUACAGCGACUCCCCCAGUAACCGAACCCUGUCAGGCAGCUUCACGUACAACGAAAAGAUGACGGUAGAACUGUGUGCCUCCUUCUGCAAUGGCACAAAAUACUUUGGAGUAGAAUAUUUCAGCGAGUGUUACUGUGGAGCUAAUAUGUUCCCUGAGAGCACCAUCCAGCCUGAAUCGGACUGUGGCUUCUUCUGCUCGGGGAACAAAACCCAGCACUGUGGUGGAAGCAAUAGGAUAAACAUAUACACGAAACUCGACAUGUGA